AUGUUGGGAGUUGCGAGACGUGCAAACAAUGUUCAGUGUUUGGCUAGAUGUAGUCAGGCUGUGCUGAGAAAGUCGAGCCUGUCUGCUGCUUUUGCCCGUGGACUCAAAACCACCAUUAGACCAACCCCUAUUGCUCCUAAUAUGACACUUAGAUCUCAAAAUUUGAGAACGUCGAUGCUUUUUGUGAGACACAACUCUCAGGUUGUGAAAGUCCCUGAGAUGGCCGAGAGUAUCACUGAAGGUACUCUGGCCUCGUUUGCCAAGGAAGUUGGAGACUAUGUCAAGCAAGACGAGCUGAUCGCAACCAUCGAGACAGAUAAGAUCGAUGUGGAAGUCAACGCCCCUAUCUCGGGAAAAGUCACCGAGUUGCUGGUGAAUGUGGACGACACCGUCGAGGUUGGCCAGGAUUUGCUGAAAAUAGAGCCGGGAGAAGUUCCAGCGGACGCCGAGAAGGCAGAGCCAAAGAAAGAGGAACCUAAAAAGGAGGAGCCAAAAAAGGAGGAACCUAAAAAGGAAGCACCGAAGGAGGAACCUAAGAAGGAGGUGAAAAAGGAGGCCCCAAAGAAGGAAGAGCCAAAGACGGAGACCCCUAAGGCCGCCACGCAAGAAAAGACUCAGUCCGUUGGCAAGUUCUCUAGAACGGAGGAGAGAGUCAAGAUGAAUAGAAUGAGACUGAGAAUCGCCGAGAGACUCAAGGAGUCGCAGAACACUGCCGCUUCGUUGACCACUUUCAACGAGGUCGAUAUGUCUGCUCUGAUGGAAAUGAGAAAACUGUACAAGGACGAGAUUCUUAAGAAGACUGGUAUCAAGUUCGGGUUCAUGGGAGCAUUCUCGAAGGCCAGCACUCUGGCCAUGAAGUCGAUUCCAGCCGUUAACGCUGCUAUCGAGAACAAUGACACCAUGGUCUUCAGAGACUACGUUGAUAUUUCCAUUGCUGUUGCCACUCCUAAGGGUCUGGUUACUCCAAUUGUGAGAAACGCCGAGAGUCUGUCUGUUUUGGAGAUCGAGGAGGCUAUCGCCAACCUCGGUGUCCGUGCCAGAGACGGAAAGCUGACUCUGGAGGACAUGGCUGGUGGAACUUUCACCAUUUCUAACGGAGGUGUCUUUGGCUCUCUGUACGGUACUCCUAUCAUCAACAUGCCACAGACUGCCGUCCUGGGUCUUCAUGGAAUCAAGGAGCGUCCAGUUGCCGUCAACGGUAAAGUCGAGAUCCGUCCAAUGAUGUACCUUGCUCUGACAUACGACCACCGUAUGUUGGAUGGUAGAGAAGCUGUCACUUUCCUCAAGACCGUGAAAGAGCUGAUCGAGGACCCAAGAAAGAUGCUCCUGGUGUGA